UUUUAUUAUUAUUAUUGUUUUUUUUUUUAGUAACUUACAUUAAACAUAAUGACAUUCAAUACUGGUGAAAAUGUCUUAUUCGUUGCACCUUCUACAGUAGAUCAAUCCUCAUUUGUCUCAACACAAAAAGCUGCUCAAGAUCAAGUAGGCGCUUCUGGAAAGGCUGCCUUUGAAGCAAUCGAAAGAGUAGCAGAAGCUCCCUUGAACAAUGCUUCCUUCAACGUCAUUUACUCCAACACAUUCACACCUUCUGUCUCGAUCCAUUCACCUGCAAUUCUUUCUCGCUACUUAUCUACCUUGGCAGCCGGCGGGCGUUUAGUGAUGCAGGAAGUUGUUCUCUUGACUGAUCUAGCCAAUACAGUGUGUCCGAUUACACGCAAGGCCUCAGAUCUGGAAUCUAUGCUUAAAUUAGCAGGUUUUGUCGAUGUUACUGUUACCAAGUUAGAACCUGUCUCUGACGAAACAUUGGCUUCUUAUUUCCGUUUAUGGGGAACAACAAAGAUUGAACAAGGCGUGAGUCGAUUGAGUGGUAAAUUUGGACUGGCACAUAUUGAGGCAAAGAAGCCUGCGUAUGAAGUAGGACAAAAGGUGGCAUUAAAUUUCAAAAAGAACAACAAUAAAAAGGCCGUAUGGGCUUCAGUGGCAGCAGAUGAUCUUGAGGAUGAAGAUGCAUUGCUGGAUGAAAGUGACUUGGUUAAGCCAAGCAUUGAGUCUUUAACAAAGCCAUUUGAUUGUGAAAUGACAGACGGAAAGAGAAAGGCAUGCAAGAAUUGUACUUGUGGUUUAGCACAGGAAAUGGGACAAGAACCAGGAGUUGUCACUUUAGAUUUAAUGGAUACCACUGAAGAUGAGAUUGUCGAAGUCGAUCCCACACCCAAAAAGACUGGAGGUUGUGGCAGCUGUGCUCUGGGUGAUGCUUUCAGAUGCUCAACUUGUCCUUAUCUUGGUAUGCCUGCUUUUAAUGCAGGUGAAAAGAUUACUUUGGGUGGAAUGUUUGCCCAAGACGAUAUUGAAUUGUAACAUAUCCCCAUAAUAAAGCUUUAACUGAAUACCGAUAAACUUUUUUUUAUUGCUCCUAAGUUUAAAAGUGUAUUGCAGAGUGGAGUGCCUACAUACAUUCAAAACCCGAC